UGGGAUUUUUUUUUCUCGUAUAUAAAUACGACAAACAUAUUUGAAAUAUUGGCUAUUCGAUCAAGUUCAAAACUAAACAGUGUGUAACAUUUAACAACAUUGAUAAUAGAAAAAAACAAAUCUAACCAAUAAUGAAGACAAAACAAUUGAUAUGUAUGCUGGUUAUCACCAGUUUAUUGGCCGGUAUAUUUCUAGCACCAGCAGCCGAUGCUGAUUUGAUGUUAUUAAAGGCAUUAAAGCUGAAAAAAUUGUUGCUACUUAAAUGGUUUUUACUCAAGGAUAAAUUGCCCGAUUUUGAAUUGGUUGUCAAAAAGAAACCGACCGUUUGUUUAGAUUGUUAUCAUUAUGUUAAUGAACCUAAACAUCAUUAUUAUCCACCACCUAGAUCAUAUCCAAGAUAUUGAUUGACUUAUCAAUAACUUAAUAAAUUCCUUAAAACAAAACAAAAACAAAAUCAUAAACGAACACAAAUACUCAUGGCCCAAAUAUGUUCACAUUGUCCAA